AUGUCAAAAGUAGUAGUAAAAUUCUAUUUGAAUAAACAAUGUAUUUCAACUAAACCAAUGAAUUCACAAGACAAUUUGAAAACAGCAAGAGAGAAAUUGGGUGAAAAGAUAUCUGAUUCUCAACAAUUUCUAUCAGAAGAAGGAGAUUUAAUUGAUAUAAAUGAAGAAGAUUCAUUUACUAUAGGAGAUAUAAUUAAUGAAUCAAGAAGAAUAAAUAUCAAAGAAACAGGAGAUAAAAAAAGAAUAAAAUUAAAAUUAAAUGAUGAAGUAAUUAGCACUAUUGAAAUAAAUAAGAAAAGAAAGUUAAGUGAUAUCAGAAAAUCAAAUCAAAAUAUUCCAGAGUCUGCACAUUUCUACACGCCUGAGAAUGAUGUAAUUGAAAAGGAUGAUGAAGAAACCUUUUCAGUGGAAGAUAUAAUAAAUAAUGAUGAAAUUAUUCUUAAAAAUGAGAACGAAAAUACAUCAGAAAUGGAUAUUAUAAGUGUUAGAAUAUAUUUGAAUGGAGAAUCGUUCAUGAAAAAACAAUUAAACAAGAACAGUUCUCUUUCAGAUAUUAGAAAAAAACUUGAAAUAGUAACAAGUAUGACAAAAGGUUUUCAAUUUGAAGAUCAAAAAGGAUUUAAAAUAGAAAGAGAUAAAGAACAGUCAUUAAAAUUAUCAUCUAUUUUGGUUGAAAACAGGGUCAAUAUAACAACAAAAGUAGUAUCCCAAACUUCUCGACGUAACACUAUAGCAUUUAGUACUUCACCAAAACAACGUUACAGCACUUCUUUAAAUACUCCCACAGUACCUAUUGGUUCACCAAAUAAUACUGUAAUACCUCGUGGCUCUCGAAGUAAUACUACAACACGUAAUACUUCUGUAAAUAAUACUACACCUGUCUCUGAAAAAAAUAUUCCCAUUAAAGGAAGUAUAAGAUUGAAAAAUCAUGAAACAGGAAAAUUGAAAAUAUAUUUGUAUCCAAAUGAACCAUUUAAUCCAAAGGAUGAGAGUGAUGCAAUUGCUAUUUUAGUUGUUGGUCAAACUGGAAGUGGUAAAACAACAUUAUUAAAUAGUUUUAUAAAUGCAUUAUAUGGAAUCGAGAUAACAGAUGAUUUUAGAUAUAUAAUUAUAAAUGAAGAUAAUUUAGAACAAAAUAGAGACCAAUCUAAAAGUCAAACAAGUGAAGUAUCAAUUUAUAAUAUUAAAAGAACAAAAAAAGCCCCACCAAUAAAAAUAAUAGAUACACCUGGAUUUGGAGAUACAAGAGGAAUUGAAUAUGAUAAAGAAAUUACUAAACAAAUCAAAAAAGCAUUUGAAACAAAAGUAUUAGAUUUAAAUGCUAUUUGUUUUGUUGCACAAUCAAGUAAUGUAAGAUUAACAGCAAGUCAAAAAUAUAUAUUUGAUAAUAUUAUUAAUUUAUUUGGAAAUGAUGUAAAAAAUAAUUUUAUUGCUAUGCUUACAUUCUGUGAUGGUAAAUCACCACAAGUUAUUGGAGCAUUACAAUCAGACGAGUGUGUUUUCAGUACAAUUAUUCCAGAAAUAGAUGAGCCAUGGUAUUUAAAAUUUAAUAAUUCAGCUAUUUAUGAUGAUGAUAUUAAAGAUGGAUUUACACAAAUGUUUUGGCAGUUAGGUAUGAAGAGUUUUGAUGAAUUUAUUGAAAAAUUAAUAAAACUACCAAGAAAAUCAUUAAAACAAUCCAGAGAAGUUUUGAUGAGAAGAGAACAAAUUAAAACUGAAAUUGAAGGAAUAAGAAUAUCAUUAAAUAAUAGUUUAUUAAAAAUGAAUGAAAUAGAACAGAUAUAUAAAAAAAUCAGUUUUUAUAGUGACAAGAUUAAUGAAAAUAAAAAUUAUACUUUUCCUGUUGAUGUGACGAUACAAAAAACUGUUGAAUUAAAAGGAGAAUACGCAACUAAUUGUAAGAAAUGUCAUCAAACCUGUCAUUAUCCAUGUCAUUACCUAUCUCUUGUUUCAAAAUUUACAAUGAAAUAUUGUCAUUGUAUUGAAAAUGGAUAUUGUAAUGUAUGUGGUUGUCAUCACUCAGAACAUGCAAACUUCAAAUAUAAAUAUGAGUAUGUAACAGAAACAAGACAACAAACAGCACAAGAUAUAUAUCAAAGAUAUAAUGAAGGUAAAGAAGGUAUGGCUAGUGCAGAAAAUAUGUUAAAAAAGUUAGAAGAAGAAUAUCUUGAAAUCCAAAUGGAUUGCCGUGAUAAACAAAAAAGAAUUGUAGAAUGUGUUAAUAGAUUAUCUGAAAUUGCAUUAAAUGGUAAAGUUAAUAGUUCUAAUGAAUAUUUAGACUUAUUAAUUGAAAGUGAAAGUGAAGAAAAGAAAAAUGGAUAUCAAAAACGAAUAGCAGGAUAUAAACAACUUAAACAAGCAAAUGAAAUGAUAGAAGAUGUUAUGAAAAAGGAAGAAUUAAAAAAGAGCAAGGAGGAGAUUAAAGCAGAAUUUGAACAAAGAAAGAACGAAUUAAAACAGGGAGAAAAAUCAACAUUAGAAAUAGUCUUGCAGAAAUUGAGAAACAUGCUUCCCUGGCACAAAUAA